AGAGGAUCAGGCUUCUUCACCAUGGCAGAGGAGGCAGCAGGAGCGGCGGCGGCGGCGAUCCGCGCGAGCCUGACAGAGGCCUUUACGCCCGUGAUCGCGAUCACACUUGGUUCAGGAUGCGGAGAUGUAGCAGAUGCUAUCAAGCCUGUGAAGGUCAUCAACUACUCUGAUAUCCCGGGUUUCCCAGUGAGCACAGUGCAAGGCCAUGCUGGACAACUGAUCCUCGGGCAUCUUGCGGGAGUACCGAUUGUUGGAUUGAAGGGAAGGGUACACUAUUAUGAGGGAAAUCCUAGGUCAAUGGUUGUCCCCGUGUACACCGUGAAGCUCCUUGGCGCCAAGUACCUCAUGAUCACCAAUGCAUCGGGAUCGCUCAGGGAGGAGAUGGGGCCGGGUGCGCUUGUGGCGCUGACAGAUCACAUGAAUUUUAGCGGAGCAAACCCGUUGAUAGGGCCGAACAGUGAUGGUAUGGGGCCUCGCUUCCCCAGCCUGUACAAUGCGUACGACCCGGAGCUUCGGUCGAUCCUCCUGGACAUUGCAAAGGACAAGGACGUAAAGGUGCACGAGGGCGUGUACGUGGGGACGUCAGGGCCCUCGUUCGAGACGCCUGCUGAGAUCAAGGCGUACAGAGUACUAGGAGGAGAUGUGGUAGGGAUGUCAACCGUCGGGGAAGUUAUCCUUGCUCGCCAUUGCGACCUCCGAGUAUGUGCCAUCUCUGUGGUGGUGAACUAUGCGGCAGGGAUGACCGACCAGCACAUUACUCACGAAGAGACCUUGCACUUCACGAAGCUCGCAGCUGAGAGGGUGGCAACUUUGGUAAUGGGGUGGGUCCAGCGCGUGUCGAAUUUGUAG